AUAUAGAAGAGAGAGAAAAAGACGAAGUACAGAGGACUGGCUUCUCUCCUGUCAUCUCUCUCAAAUGUCGAUGAAACCCUAGUUAUCUCCGUCUAUUCAACUUACUCUUUUCACACACACGGUUUCCCCUUUCAUAUAUCUCCGUUUAUAUGGAGUUUUGAGCUUCAUACAUGUAGAACUGAUAGGUUUAUAGAUAUAUAUUAUAUACGUAUAGGUUUGGUUGAAGGAGAGAGAAAUGUAUAGGGGUCGAGGUGGUGGUGGUUCAUCAAGGUCUGAGAUCGUUGGUGGAACGUUGGAUCGGAAGCGAAUUAAUGAUGCGUUGGAUAAGCACUUGGAAAAAUCUGCACCUUCUACAUCUAGAGCCUUGAAGGACAAGGCGGUUCCGUCUACCUCCGUAGGUGCCGGGAAAUUGCAUCAGCAGCAUAUUGAUCAUCGAGACACCCGCUCUUCCUCUAGUCUCGCUACGAAGAACAAGUGUUCAGAUGAUGAAUCUGAAACAGACAGUGAAGAGUCUGAUGUUAGUGGUUCUGAUGGGGAAGAUACAUCAUGGAUUUCUUGGUUUUGUAACCUGCGUGGAAAUGAGUUCUUCUGUGAAGUUGAUGACGAAUACAUUCAAGAUGAUUUUAAUCUAUGUGGAUUGAGCAGUCAAGUGCCAUACUAUGACUAUGCACUUGACCUGAUCCUUGAUGUUGAAUCCUCUCAUGGUGAUAUGUUCACCGAGGAGCAGAAUGAAUUGGUUGAGUCAGCGGCAGAGAUGUUGUAUGGUUUGAUCCAUGUCCGGUACAUUUUGACUAGCAAGGGAAUGGCUGCAAUGUUAGAGAAGUACAAGAACUAUGACUUUGGGAGAUGUCCACGAGUUUAUUGCUGUGGACAGCCUUGCCUUCCAGUUGGUCAGUCCGAUAUUCCACGUUCAAGUACAGUAAAAAUAUACUGUCCUAGAUGUGAGGAUAUCUAUUAUCCCCGAUCAAAGUACCAAGGCAAUAUCGAUGGAGCUUACUUUGGAACAACAUUUCCACACCUCUAUUUGAUGACUUACGGACACCUCAAGCCACAAAAACCAACACAAAAUUAUGUCCCCAGGGUAUUCGGUUUCAAGCUCCACAAAACUUGACAGUGAAGUCCAUUGUGAUAUUGUGAAGAUGUUAAAGCUUUCUGCCAUUAAUGCUUCUUACCUGGCUAUAAUGUACAAGCUGUCGUGGUAGAGCCCAGGUAAAAACGGAAGGAGUUCUAGAUAUGACAAACUUGAUCCACUGAUCAAGAAAGCAACUAUGGUGAAUCUGUCAAGUGAAAUUCGUCUCUGAAAUUUCAUCAUGAAAUACAAAAGAGCAUCUGUAAGCUUAUUUCUUUUCUAGGUAGCUAGAGAAUUGGAUUUAUUCCUCAUGUAGUUCUUUGGUAUCUGUUUGCCCUUUUCUCUUGGUGCUUCAAUACUGAAUGCUGCCAUUUUCCAGCAGAGGCACUAAUCUGGAGGUUAGGUUAGGAUACAUUAAGGUUUUGCUCCUUUUUGUUGGACCAUUUCCAGAUGUAACGUCGCAAUACAGUACUAAAGUCUAAUCAAAUUUGAUAUAAUGACAAUAAAAAAAAAUAUAAUUGUGAUCGAUAAUUCUAGAGGCA